CCUCUUUCUCUAUCGUCAAUUCGACGUUCCCAAUUCCCAACCCUAAAUUCUCUCCAUCUCCUCUCCAUCUUCGCGAGUCAGGAUCUCUGAUUCCGUCGCUGGAGUCUCCGUUCUUGACACGUAGCUAAAAGGUGUGAAUCCCGUAAGAAGAAACUUUUUGAAAAUACACACUUUUUUUUUUCUUUUCUAUACCAUGAAAUAAUCAAUAAUAAUAAUAAUAAAACGUUAGUAAUUGUGUUUUUUUUUUUUUUUUAACAUAUUGUAAGGUGUUUACUGUCGACCAUAGUAACUGAUCCUGCUCACUCAUGGUAGACACCUCAAAGGGAGGAAGAAUUAGCCAAAGUUGCUUUAUACCCAUGACGAAGUUCGAACACUCAACUUAUGAAUAAGGGUGGAGGAGCACUUACCACUCCACCCAACCCAUUUGGUUAGUAGUAGUAUUUUUUAUUGUUGCGAGCUGUUAUUAUUGCUUGGUAACCUCGAGAAAGUUGGAGUCCUCAAAGGCUCAAACUUUCAAUCACGUUUUCAACUUUUCAUCAUCACUUCCCAUGGUGCGACGUCGUACUGGUGACGAUAAUGCAAAAGCAUCCUCCUCCUUAUCCAACGUUCGUAAUCCAAAAUUCAUAGCAACUUCGCAAAUCUUUUCUGAAAACCAAAGAGCAAACAACAAUGGCAGCUUCUUCCCCAUCAUCAACCUUAAUCUUCUCAACACUCAGCCCAACUCCCGCCACCGCCGCUGCUGCCACCGCCGCCAGCUGCUCCUCUUCCUCACUGUCAUUCACUUUCUCCCUGGGCCCAUUUCCCAAACCCCAAAUUCAUAACGGGUCCAACCAUCAUGCCACCAAGAUUUCGGCUUUAUCAAUCAGAGCUCAGACUUUGGACUUCUCCGGUUCUUUCUUUGAAGGUGGGUUAGAAGGGGAUGACGACCCUCCCAUCUCUCCCGGGUCGGGUGUCACUGCUGUGGAGGACAAAGAGGAACCACAAUGCCCACCCGGGCUUCGCCAGUAUGAAACAAUGGCGGUUCUCAGACCCGACAUGUCUGAAGAUGAGCGUCUCAAUCUCACCCAGCGAUACGAGGAGUUGCUUGUUGCUGGUGGUGGUAUGUACGUAGAAGUAUUCAACCGAGGGGUCGUUCCUCUUGCUUACAGCAUUAGAAAGAAAAACAAAGCAGGAGAGACCAACACUUAUUUGGAUGGCAUUUACCUUUUAUUCACCUACUUUACCAAACCCGAGUCCAUGGAAGCCCUUGAGACGACAAUGAAUGCUGAUGAUGAUGUUAUUCGAUCAAUGAACUUCAAGAUUAAAAAAAGGAAGUACUAAAAUGGCCUAAUUUUGGAUUCAGUUGUGUAGUUGAGAUUCGAGUCUUUCACUCACCGCCUUUGAGUUGUUUACUUGGUAUGUUGAUCCCAGAUGUUUAUGUAUAAUUUCACCAGUUCAUAAUGUUAUUCAUUGCUUUCAGCUAGAUGUUGUGACUAACUUUGCUGCAGUGUUGCUGCCCUCCAUUUCUGAUUUUCUACUUCGUUCCCUUCUUAGGUUAGUAGUACUUGCUUGUUUUGACAUGGGCAUGAAUAAGUUGGACGCUAACAUAGUGGACAUAUGUAUUCUACUGGAA